CGACCCGGCUGGGCUCACUCUGAGCUGUUGUGUCUCUCAGCCUCUGGCUGUCUGUCAGCAGGCUGUCUCUGCUCCAUCCCACGCUUGUGCACCGGACACUCGGCCAGCAUGAACCUUUUCUGCUUUUCACUGGAGGGGUCCAUGGACAGCCUGUACGAGGCAGUGCAGAGCUCCGGCGACGGCCCCCCGCCGCCCAUCCCCAGCCGCUCCAGCAGCCGCUCCCACAGCCGCUCCUGCAGCCCGGCCGUGCUGCUGGACGACAACGCCAGGCGAGGGCCUGGAAGAUGUGUAUCCAUGGAGAUGCCACAGACACAUGGGACCAUCUCCAAUAAAAAGAAAAGAAGAACACAUUUAUCCAAAUCUGCAUCAGAUAAUGAAAUACUAGAUAACCCCGGCUGUAAUGCUGCGGCGUGGCAGCCUGCCAAGAGCCAAGAAGAUUUAGUCCACACCACCAACAAUCACAAUGAAGAGGUUCGUAAAAGUAAGAACAGAGCAGAAAUCAAAGGAGGGAAAGGAGCGCAGCACUCAGGACCAAAGAAGAAGGAGAAACACCAGCCUCACCAGGUGAGAAGGAAAUACUGGAUCAGCAGCAGUGUCCAGUGUCUCGCUGUGAGGCCCAGUAAGUGUAAUGAAGGCGGCUCUGAGUGGCUGCUGACCGCCAACAGCGACAUUAACUUUCCUGUUUCAUGGCAGGAAGUUGAGUUGUGUUUUCUGACAAAGGAGGAGCUUGAGCAACGUGCAAAAGCGUGUUUGUUUGCGUUUCAGAGCACUCAUACCAAUGGAGAGUCUAAAACUGCUGUCAAAAGAAACCAAAAGACGGGAAAGAAACCACCUGGAAGGAGCGGGAAAGAAGGAUCCAAGAAAGUUCCCAACUCCCGAAUAGGUUCUCCACCGGGCCCAAUGAGCCCGUCCCCGGGGGCCCAGUAUCUGGAUCUGCCAUACGCGUCCAGAUCAGACAGGAUGUUGCACCUCGGCAAAUCCUCCACCCUCCCAGCUCAGGAGAACACGACACCGGGCCGCUGCGCUGACGUGGUCAUCCUACCCGGCGGAGCGACACCCACCCACCACCAGCGCUGGAGCAACCCGGGGGACAACAACCCGGCGUGGGGCACCGUCCAGCACACCUGCCGCCGGCCGCUGACGGAGUACCGCAUGUAUUCCCCCGAGUUGACCUCGCCACCUGAGAAGGAGUCUGCAGGAAGGCAGCAGCCGGCGGCGAUCCAAGGCGACAGCCUGAAACGGGAUCGUAAACCCCAGAUCCCCCCGAAAGUGCCACGAUCCAUCACAGAGGUGGAUCUGUCCGAGCCAAAUCGCUCCACCAGCUUUGGCAGGUUCGAUGGUCUGAGAAAUCACUCAUCAAACACAAAACCGGAGGAAAAUGGAACAUCCAUGCUCAGGGAAGAAUGUGAAAGCCCAGACCCAAACAAAUCAGCUGGCCUGGGGAAGAAGAUGAAAGAGAUUUCACUGACCAUGCGCAGAAAAAUGGGCAAAAAACAUGCCAAGUCUUUCUCAGAGGAGGCGGGAGAUGACACAGACAAAGACCCAGAGACAGAAAAUGGUCCAUCAGCUGAGAAGAGCUCAACCAUCUCCUUGGAGAGUCUCUACAGCGGCCAGAGCGCCUCCAGCGGUGUGACCAGUGAGUCCAACGGCUCGGGUCAGAGAGACAGCCUGAGGCUGGAGGAGGACGGGUCCUACCAGGGACCGUUCUGCAGCCGGGCUCGGGUUCACACUGACUUUGUUCCCAGUCCGUACGACACAGACUCCCUCAAGCUGAAGGUUGGUGACAUUAUCCAGAUUAUCAGUAAACCUCCGAUGGGUAUCUGGACAGGGAUGUUAAACAACAAAGUGGGCAACUUCAAGUUCAUCUAUGUGGAUAUUGUGGAAGAGGAAGAGGAAGAGGAGGAAGCUCCAAAGAUCAGACCACAGAAGCUGUGCAAGAGACCCAGACCCAAAACAUUGCUGGAGUUACUGGAGCGGUUGAAUCUGGAGGAGUAUGCAUCUGCCCUGCUGCUGAACGGCUACCAGACGGUGGAGGACCUGCUGCACCUGCAGGAGAAACACCUCAUAGAGCUGAACGUCAAGGACCCCGAGCACCGGCUCAGGCUCCUCGCUGCUGCAGAGUGCCGAUACACUGAAGGUGAUGACACCAAGGACGUGCAGGACCACAAUUCCUCCCCCAGUCUACAGGAAGAAGACAGCGAUUGCCCCAGAGACUCGGGUUGCUUCAUCCCCUCUGAGUGUUCAGACAGCAAGGAGGAUCCAGAGCAGGUCACGGAUGUGGUGGAUUCAUAAAGCUCUCAUUUGUCAAAACCAUAGCUUGACAUUUGCAAUCCAGAGUUGCACAUUUUUCAAUGAGUUUGGUGAAAAUGGUAUAAAAAGUGAUCCUUUCAGCUUUUCAUGUCAUGCUUGUGUACUAUCUGUCACCCACAAACCUGCCUAAUGAACGAGCUUGUUAAAAUGUGAGACUUAAAGGAACAUCAGAAAAACAUUUUUUUAAGUGUAAUUUUAUCCUUUUGUUUCUUUAACAGUGUAAAGUUGUCUGUUUUUUUCAUUUCAGAGGGUGUUUUUAUUUGAAAUUGCUGAAGAAGUGACAUAUUUUGAUUCAGUGUCAGUUGUAUUUAUUGCAUUCAUAUUCAUGUUUUUUCAGAGUGAAAGCCUUUAAAGUAUUUAACAUAGCAGCAUCAGCUUUAUAUUUCUUAUCGCAUAAAGUCUCAUUUUCUUUCCUAAGAAUGAGAUUAUACAGAAUUGUUACUGUCUGGAUUGUCCCCUGUAUUGUAUACUGUAAAAAUAAAUGACUUUAUUAUUUUUUAAAUGUGUAUUUCAGUGAGUGUGUGAAUGUGAGAAUAUGACUGUAUGUUAUUGUGAAGUCAGUAAUCAUCUGUUUUCACAACCUUUUGUAAAUAAACUUCAUAAAAUACAA